AUGAAUUGGAUGCGUUCGACUUUGGGCACCUCAGUGAAGCCCCUCCUUUCUCCCCACCCUCUGCCGACCGCCUCCCUAACUGUUCAUGCACGAAUCGACCGUGCGCAGGAUUCACUCAGUGUCUGCAAUCAGGGCGCCGUCGGAAUUGGACCUCGCGGAGGCAAAAUUCCUAUCCCAAUCCGCCACGAUUGCUCGACUUUGCGUGACCUUCACGGAUCAGCGGGCCCAUCCUUGGUUGACUGCGCUCGCCGCCCUAACAACUACCGUCUCUCGGUCCAAUUGGACACGGAGACCGCGGCUGCACGGCCAGGCGAACAGGUGCAGCACAUAUCCGCAUGUCUGAUCACACAGCCAAGACCUCCACAAACAGUUUAG